AUGAACUACGUGCCAUAUUCAACAACACGAAUGCUCAAGCAGGUUUCUGGUCCUGCCUUUUCUCGUCUCUGUUGUCAGCAUCUGCUGUUAAUAUCCUAUACGAGAUGUUUUGACGUGGGUGUGGGAGGUCGCUUUGAAGCCAUUCAAGCCCUUUUAACAUGUAGUAUUUCACAGACUUUGAAUGCCGUUUCGACCAACUUAAGCAAGCUAGCGCAGCUUGAAGCUUUUGAGUCGUGUCCUAAGACUGUCAGAAUACUAAUGGACGUAUUCAAGGCUCUCACUGACCCUCUCAACGACCUCCUUAGUUUUUCAAACCAUCCUGGUGGGAAGGAAGGUGGGGCCAGUGAUAUCCGUAAGUUGUGGAGCUCAUCUUGGCUCUUUUUGGAAAUGAUAUACAAGCGUACCUUAGCCUGGGCAAACUUUUACCAUUUGGAUCAACUCAUUGAGUUUGCAAGAGACACAUUAGACUUGAGUCACAUAAUUUUAGACUCGUUUAGGCUUGUUCUUCAAUCGAUUAAUGAGUCAAUGGGAAACUCUUUGUUUUCCGUGUUCUUUAAUGCCUUUAACUCCAUGAUAGUGUGGUUACGACUUGGUGACCCGGCACUUCUUAAUUCUUGUGUUGAGUUGGUUUUCAAAGGCUUUGCAUUAGCAAAAGAUUUGCAAUAUUCUAUUGACGACGCUUUUAUUGAAAGUUUUGCUAGAUAUGGAGCCAAAGCAAAAAAGUUUAAUAACAAGCUCAGUGACCAACAGCGUUUAAAGAUUCUUUCAACAGCCAAAGAAUUCAACUAUGAUCUUGUUGAAUCUAUUAUAGUUGAUGUACAGAAGCAAAGAAGCAAGGAAGGUAAUCCACUAAAGUCAAAAACACCACUGGCUUCUCCGACCCCCGAGAGUGUUCAGGUGCCAACAAGAUAUGGUUACCAAAUGAAUGGCCCCAAACAGCAGUCUUUGACCAAAUUUGGGGUCAUUACAUCCCAGCCUCCUGUUGCUCCACCUCCUCCACAAACGCAAUUCAAAUCAGCAAGUCUUGAAGCAAUUCGCCAGGAUUUGCUGGAAAACAGAACACAGCAAGUUAGGCCACAUAAUUCAAAACCUACUGUGGUAGCCCCUCCCCGUCAAGCAGGUUUCAAUCCUCGAAAGGUACAACCAGUGGUUGGAAGGUCUUUAAACUCGCUCAAGAGAAAGAAAGAUUCUGAUAGCGAGGAUGACGGAGACGAUGAUGACGAUGUUGAUGUUUCUGAUUUGUUUGUUGAAAAGAAGAAAAAGGCUAAGAUAGUGGAGCUAGAUAUCAAUGGCCGACCUGUUGUCAAACCUUCUCAAUUAAGCAAGGUAGACCAAAAGAGAAAAGAGGAAGACAAUAUGAGAAUGCGUCUUAACGUGAACCUCAAACCUUUAUAUUCCACGAUAUUGAAGUGGAACUUCGGAUCAUCUGAUAUAUACCCCACCGCUGACACAGAAAGGUACAAGGAAACCAAAGGCAAAUACGAGGAUGUCAAAGACUAUGUGAAGGCGAUGGAGCCACUUUUGAUGCUUGAGUGCUGGCAGGGUAUAAUUUCAUCUAAGGAAACAAGUCAAGAACUGCCUUUCCCGAUGUUAGUGGGAAGUAGAACCAGUGUUGACGGUUUCUUUGAUGUGUACGCUUCAAUCGAGAAGAAAGUUUUAAAUGAUCGAAAAAUUACCGAUUCCGAUCUCCUUGUCUUAAGUUACAUGGACAACGCAUUACAAAGAUCCGAGAAGGAGCUCGCCACUCAUAUAAAAAGCUCCAAGUCUACCACUUGUCUUGCAAAGGUGAGAGAAAUAAAAUCAGCAAAUGCUGAUUACGCAGAUGUGACAUUAAGAGUCUUUCCUCAAGGUACGAUGAUGGGUGUCCUUACACCAAAAUCGGUUGUAAUCGGAAUGAAAGUCAUGCAAAUGAUAACGAUCGAAAGAGAGUAUCUGUCUCUCAGAGGUCUCGAGUACUAUAAUUUGUGCCCAGCAAUCCUUCGUGCAUUUCCCACAGGACCAAUUGAGGUUCCAAAGCAAAAGCUUAAUGAUGUAAUGAACAAUUAUAAGGUGAACGAGUCUCAGGCCAAUGCAAUAAUAAGCACGCACAAUCGAAGUGGAUUUUCUCUUAUUCAAGGACCGCCAGGAACAGGUAAAACGAAAACAAUUCUUGGAAUAGUGGGAUACAAUUUGUCACAAGACGUUCCUCUGGGAUUAAUUGAAGUCGACGGUCAACAGGGCAAGCCCCAAACUAGUUCCAAGAUUCUAGUAUGUGCGCCCAGUAACGCAGCUGUUGAUGAAUUGGUCGUCCGUCUUCGUGAUGGAGUUUUUAACUUUAAGGGCGAACGUAUCACCCCCUCUGUGGUGAGGUUGGGCCGCAGUGAUGCUGUGAAUUCGGCUGUUAGAGACCUUACAUUGGAGGAAUUGGUCGACAAGCAAUUACAGACCACUGUUCAGCAUGUAGCGAGAGACCCCGAAGUGAGAGCGGAGCACACCAAAUUAGUCAAAGAACGAGACUCGUUGCGUCAAUCGUUACAAAGUACAACUCUACUGGACGAAGAAUUCACUCAAAUGGAACUGAGACUCAGAGAAGUUAAUAAGAAGAGGAACGAACUCGCUAAGAAGUUGGACGAACAAAGAGAAAAUGCUGCAGUAGCUUAUAGAUCUCGUGAAUUAGAGCGCAGGCAAUUGCAGGCUAAGAUUUUGAACACUUCACAAAUCAUAUGUUCUACCCUAUCGGGUUCCGCUCACGACUUUCUUGCAAGCUUGGGCAUUACCUUUGAAAAAGUUAUCAUUGAUGAAGCAUGUCAGUGUGUUGAGCUUUCUGCCAUAAUACCUUUGCGGUAUGGAUGCACCAAGUGUAUCAUGGUUGGAGAUCCCAAACAAUUACCUCCUACCGUACUAUCUCAAACAGCGGCAUCAUUGAACUAUGAUAAAAGUUUGUUUGUUCGUAUGCAAGAGCAGUUUCCAGACAGUGCCUAUCUAUUAGAUGUCCAGUAUAGAAUGCACCCCGAUAUUUCGAGAUUUCCAAGUGCCGAAUUUUAUCGUUCAAGAUUGCACGAUGGUGCCGGGAUGCUCGAAAAGAACACUCGUCCUUGGCACUCUGAAGUACCUUUCAGCCCUUACAGAUUCUUUGAUAUUGUGGGAAAGCAUCAGCAACAUGAAUCUUCACGAUCAUUGUACAACAGAGCCGAGGCUCAAGUUGUAUUGGAAAUGGUUGAUCACCUUAUGUACAUGUUACCUCCUAAAGAGUUUAGGGGCCGCAUUGGAGUUAUAUCACCAUAUAAAGAGCAGAUCAGAACCCUCAAAGAUAUAUUCGCAAAGAAGUACGGCCGACAAAUUUGGAACGAAGUUGAUUUUAAUACAGUGGAUGGCUAUCAGGGCCAAGAGAAAGAAAUCAUCAUAAUGUCAUGUGUGAGAGCUAGCGAAACAGGAAAUGUUGGAUUCUUGAGUGAUGUGCGAAGAAUGAAUGUUGCUUUAACGAGAGCUCGGACAACAUUAUGGAUUUUGGGUAACCAAAAGUCCUUGAUGAGGAAUAAAGUGUGGUCACGCCUUUUGCAGGACGCCUCAGACAGGGGACUUGUCUCGAAGGCUCAACCUGGCUUUUUGAAACACGGCGUGAAUGGAAUAAAAAAAGCGCAACGGCAACAUACAUCAAAAACUAAUACGUUAUCUUCAAACGACCGUUCUGAAUCUGACGUGAUCUCCGAACCUAGUCUGCAAGUCAAAGCAGCUCACCCGCUGCUGAACCAAAUGGCGACAGCGAUAGUAGAUAAGAACAAAGCAGUUAUGGAUAGCUCCAUCACUUCGAAGACCCACGAUACAAAUCAAGAGCCGAAAUUAAAAAGCAGUAUUUUCAAUCAAAAUCAAGAGAAGCAGAAAAAUAGUUCCGAAGCCAUGCAAGGCGACCCAAUGAACGCGAUCAAGAAACCAUACGUUGCAGUUUCUAAACCCCCUCCCCCAAAAGAGAAUGAAAAUUUGAUACAGAGCGAUGAAAGAAACGCUUCAAACAUCAAACCAACAACAUCAGGAGUUUUACCUAAGCCUAAGCCCAAACAAGCACCAAGUAUAUUUAUUAAUAAUCGGAAGAGGCGCAAGUAA